AUGGCGAAAUUCAUCUUCCAGCUCAACCUGUUUCUCAUGCUCCUGCUCACCGCUCUUCAAACGACCUUGGUCAGCUCUAUAGAACUCACGGACUUCGACAGCAUCCCCAUCAACGACCAGCAGAUUUUCGAAGGCGCAAUCACACGUCCCGGCGAAAGCGUCAUCUGUAAUUCCAAGCAGAGCCUCAUCCACAACCUCGAGCAACUCUCAUUCUACCUCAAGGCCGAUUGCCAAGAUCGCAACAGGUCAGCCGUCGGUUGUUCAUGCUGGCCUCCGAGAUGCGCCAGGGGAUGCACACCUACCCGCGCGUGCUGCGCUCAGAACACAACAGCGCUGGUUGCUGAGCUAGAAGGGUUCAAUGCCUUUUAUGCGGUCCAUUUCAAAGAAUUGUUUGGCGGGGCUCCACAGAAAUGCGCCCAGCUGGAGGAGUAG